CUGACUGUUGGCUGGGAGUAAUAAGUAAUAAUAUUACUUUAGAAAUGAGUUACUAGUAAUGAGUAAUAUAUUAAAUUUUUUUGAGUAAUGAGCCCAACACUGAUCAUAUGCAAAUGCAGGAUGUGAACUAGGAGGGUCAAACGCUGUCAGGGGAGGAUUCACACAACCUUUUAACAGUUCUGCUGUUAGAUCGCACACUGAACCACUGAAGAAAAUGUUUCACAAGUUUGUCUUGUUCUGUUUGUGCUGCUGGAGUCUGAGUGGUGUGUUUGGUGAGUCGGUGUCAGUGAUAGAGGAAGAUUCAGUCACUUUAUACACUGGUGUUACUGAAAUACGUGAAGGCAACACAAUACUGUGGAAAUAUGGAGCUCAAAUAGCUAAAAUUAAGAAAACUAAGCAAAUCAUCCCCACAUAUGAUGUUUCUGAUGAGAGAUUCAGAGACAGACUGAAACUGGACAAACAAACUGGAUCUCUGAUCAUCACAAAUACGUCAACUGAACAUGCUGGAGUUUAUCAACUAGAGAUAACUGGAGCGAAUCUAACAUCAAAAACAUUCAACGUUUCUGUCUAUGCUUGUCUGCCUGUUCCUGUCAUAAGAAGAAACUGUUCUUCAUCAUCAUCAUCACAGCAGAAUUGUUCAUUGUUGUGUUCAGUGGUGAAUGUGGGUCAUGUGACUCUCUCCUGGUACAAAGGAAACAGUUUAUUGUCCAGCAUCAGUGUGUCUGAUCUCAGCAUCAGUCUCUCUCUACCUCUGGAGGUGGAAUAUCAGGAUAAAAACACCUACAGCUGUGUGCUCAACAAUCCCAUCAGCAACCAGACCACACAUCUGGACAUCAUAGGACUUUGUCAAACAUGUGCAGAUUCAGUUUCUCUGAUAGUGCUGGUUUCUGCUGCUGCUGGAUCUCUGUUGAUUGUAGCUGCAGUCGGGAUCUUCUGCAUCUGCAGGAAACACAAAAAAAAUGAUCGAGAAGUUGAGACUUGUGAAGUAGAGAUCACUUAUGUCGAGAAGACAUUCUACAAAGGAAAUGCACAGAAAUCGCUGUGA